UAUAAAGCUAACUCUGAAUUCGCCUUUGUUUAUUUACUUAAAAGUUUGUUGCAAAUACAGACUGACAACAUCUGAUUUGUUAUUUUAAUCUGUAGAAAAUGAAAUAAAAAUUCAACAGAUAGUUUAAAAGUUGGCUUAAAUAAAAAAAUAUUGCAAGAAGAAUGGGUGUGGAAGUGCAAAAUGAAGGUAGCAGUGGACCUAUUACAAGGGAUAAGAAUAACAGCGCCGGUGUAUACAACAAUGCUGAUAACGCACCCAUGCCGAAACAUAUACCGUUCCCAGAUUUUCCUGGCAGUUCGGAGCUCUUAAAUGAACUUAUAAUGUUUCUUUUCAUCACGUUUGCUGCGGCCAUGCAAUUUAUUAAUCUUUAUCGCACAAUGUGGUGGGUGCCGGAGUCAAAUACUACACGUACAGUUAACGUAUACCUCAUAGAACCUUACUUGGUAGCGUUCAUAGUGCUAUUAAUGUCGAGACGUUUUGUAUUCUGUCUGCUAAUACGUGGACAAGAGUUAUUGCAGGAUUUGAGUACUGAACAUCGCCGAAUCUAUAAAAAGAUAGUAAAAUACAGCUUUAGCAGCUGUCUACUAACACUACUGGCAUUUUGUGUGUAUAAAAUUUAUACAAAACAAUCUUUUAUGCCGGUUUUCUUGCUUGUGUAUCCCCUUGUCAUCUACGUGCUAAUUUUCGGCUUCCAAAUUGAGUCUUUCCUGCGCAGCUCUUAUGAAGUUGAAGGCGCCUAUUUUAAUGGCAUGCCCAUGCAUUGCUGCUCAACCAGCCCAGACACUAUACGUGAAGAAAUCGUUGUGUUGAAAAAUGAUUUUAACAUACGCUUCAAACAGAUCGUAUUUACAUCGUUAUUAAACGCUUACUACGCCGGUGUUGUGCCAUGUCUCUUUGCUGUUUCCAUGUAUUACAAUGUACUGUGGGCGUAUCAAAAUGCAUUAUACAUCUGGAUAAGUUGCCUCACUAUGGCGUGUGCUUUUGGUUUUCCAGCUAAAUACAGUGAUAUCUUACAUCGUGCAUCACUGCAUUUAGGCUAUUGGUCGCGUAUGGAGAUGCGCGCAAUCGGUGGCAAUAGUAGUAACGCCAGCUGCAAUAAUGGCAAUGGAAGUGGCACGGCCGGUGGCGCAACAACUGUUUGGAAACCAAAUACUGUAUGGACUCAGGAUAGUAUUGUGAAAUGUAAUGGCGAGCUAUUUAGCGCUAGUGGCCCCGUGACGGUAGCGUUACCGGGAAAUUCUAGUCAUUCGAGAUUUUAUAAACUUUUUCGUAAUCCAGCCAUCAUAUACAUGCUACUUACUGGCCUACAAGCUGCCGUUGUCUUGGCCGGCAUAUUAGUGCUAUAUUAUGCUGUCGAGUGGCACUUUAUACUCUCGAUUAGUUUUGCAACGUUUACAAAUCAAUUUACUUUUUUCAAAAUAAUGCGUGAUUAUUUGGUGACGAAACGUAUCUACACGGCGGAAACAGCAAUCGCGGAGCAAACAAAAACAAAUGCGCUACAUAGUAAUUAAACACAGCGUGACAUUUGUAGAGGAAUUGCAUUUAUGCACAAAUAGAUAUAAACAUUUAAAUAUAAACAUUGACUGUGACUCCGCAACAUUUAUAUAUUAUUUUUGAAUUAAUUUUUUUUAUGAGCGCUAACAUACAUAUAUACAUACAUUUCUACUACUGCUUUCUACGUACAUAUUUAUUUGCUUUAAGACGCAUUGUGAACUAUAAACAAACAUACAUUCUAAGCUGAAAUUAAAAUUUUAAGCCAUUUAAUGCAAGACUUUUGUUAAACACUUAUUUUAAAUAAAAGAAGAUAACAAUUUAA